UAUAUCUCGGAAUCACACCAAGAUCUUUGCUUAUAUUAUCUUAUUUUCGUUGAAAGUACUUACGGAUUCCGUGAUUUUGUGUUUUUCAUAUUGUUUUGGAUGAAAUAAUGUUUCUUUUGAAGUGCGACGAAGACGAGUCAUAUUGCAUGGUAACUGACGAAGAUGUUAUUUUCGAUGAUGAAACGGUGAAAAAAGGAGAGACUGUUCGGUUCUAUUACAACAAGAAACAAUAUACUGGAACUGUCCUUAUGUUCUCAGAUAACCAAGAUGCAAUUGAAAAAGAGCUGAAGAGAUAUAAGACAGAAUGUAAAAUGAAACGAAAUAGCAAUAAGUCAAAGCAUGCCCGUAAAGGAUUCGACGUAAAGAAACCCUGCAAUGACAAACUUGUCGGUAAAAUGCCAAAAAAGACAACAGAAGAAAAAAAGAAAACAACAUACUCUUUUAAAAGUAAAAACAUUGAUGAAGAGAUAAACAUCAGUGACACAAGUGGUAAGAAAAGAAAAAUAAAAGAUUUGGACGAGUCUACGAAUUCGUCUCGAAGUCUUUCGACGACAUAUUCCUCUGACGAAGAGAUAAAAGACAGUAAAAGUCCUACUAAGGAAGAACUUGCAAAGUUGUUGGAGGAUGCUAAUAAAAAAAUUGCAAAAAUGCAAUCAUUGGAAGUUAAGUCAUUACCAUAUAACAAUACGAAUACCGAAUCCAAGAAACGACAACUUGUAGAUGUAGACGAUGAAACAAUAGCAUAUAACAAUACGAAUACCGAAUCCCAGAAACGACAACAUGUAGAUGUAGACGAUGAAACUGCUAGCGUUGCAAGUGAAAAUGAGGGAAAACAGGAGUUAAUAAAAGAUCAUCCUAUUCAAAGCCCAAGUAAUUUUAGCGACCAUGAAGUCCAAAAUUAUUAUUACAACGAUGAGCAACUUUUUGGCCCCGAUUGGGUAAACGAUAAAGCAAUCGUUACAUCAACGCUGAAAGGUCAAAGUCCCAGAAUGACAAAACAGCAAAAUCCGGUACAAGUGGACUGUUUACACGGUGUUGCAAAAUACGCCAUAAUUGUUUUUUCGAUAAUGUAUGGCCAAAAGAAAGGUUGGCCUAAACAGAGUGUAAAAGAAAUCGAACAAGCGAUGACGCAGAAGGUCGGAGAACUAAAAAGACAAGCAGCAAAAAAUAAAACUAUUUAAAGAAAAAUAAGUUUUUACAUUUGACUAUAUUCUACAUUUUUAUUAUAUAUUUUUAAUAUUUUUCGUACGUUUGAAUAUUUCAUGCCAAAUAUGCCUCAUUUUGAAUAUCUGAUUUUGUUCAA